AUGCAUCAGAAUAAUUUAAUUCAACAUACCUUGAACAAUUCUCAAUCGAAUUUAAAUCAUCAUCAUCAAAAUCAUCAAAAUCAUUCUAAUUCUCAUUCUCAUCAACCUAUCAUUAAUCAAUCACCUAAUUCGUCAAUCAAACGUAUCAAAACAGAUGAAGAUGAUUUAGAAUUACUUGCAAAGAAGAAGAAAAAUGCAGAUGCUCAAGCUGCUUUUCGUUUACGUCGUCAAACUUACAUAAAAAGUUUAGAAGACACUGUGACUGAACUACAAAAUGCGGUAAAGGAAAUGGAAGUCUUGGUAAAAACGGCUAACCUUGAAGUUAAGAUCAAAUGUGAACAAGUUUCAUAUUUAGAAAAUAAAAUUAAACAAAACCAAAAUGGAAUCUCAUCAAGCAACAAUCCAUCAAGUUCACAUUGUACUUGUUGUAGAUUCUCAACCACUUACACUUCAUCCACCACCACCACCCCAAAGUUUCUAAACCAACAAAACAGUUCAUCAAACAACCCAACAAGCAACAACAACAACACAUCUAAUACUAACUCGGCUAAUAAUAAUCCUAGUUCAUCAAUAGCAAAUCAUUCGAUCUUAAACUCGGCUCCUCAUACUCCAAACACUUUGGAAGCUCAAUCAAAUGAAUGGUCAACAGCUUCAACUUCUCAUAGACCUUAUCCUUCGAUCAUCACAUCUUCUUCGCAUCAUCAACCAUCUUCAUCUCCAUCUCAUUUACUUCAAGAUUCAAGACAUUCGAGUAAACUAGAACCUAAUCGUCUCUAUGAUCAAGGAACAUCAAGUUGA